CAUCUGGAGAUAUGUUAGCUUCAAGCAUACCCGUGCGCAAUAAAUGGAGGGGCAGGGGUCUGUAAGUUCUGUCCUGGAGCCCCGGGCCAAUUAGCUCUGGCGAUGCCUGGCCAUGUGUUGGUGGUUGCGUGCUCCCGCCGUUGCUUGUUGGAAAGCCCACUGCGCCUUGUUAGUGUUUAAAACUGAACCAGCGCCCGAGAUAGCCAUCCCGGCGUAGAUCCUCUCCGCCUAAGACGUCUCAUGUCAAUGCGGCCUAUGAAAAGUAGGCCAGCAUCCUCUUCCCGCUCUGGUUCCCUUUGUCUGAGCAACUCUUAUAUCCGUCAUGAACUCCCCGUACCUGAGCCCAUCCUCUUCCUCAGACCCUAGGACAAGGACAGAUAGUAUCUUCCCUAUACAUCUACAAGACUCUGGCGGCAUCAAGAAACGAAGCGACUCUCGAUCUAGUCGACCACGAUCUAUCUCAUCAGCCAACAUCGAACGUCACCCCGAGCUAUUGCCCGACCAAAUACAGAACCGACUCAACCUAGGCAGCAACGAUUGGACUGCUUCAAGGCUCUCCCCUCGACCUCAGCAUCUUCAAGCUUCAUUCAGCUCGCCAUCAGUCACUCAGCCACUCCAAGCUCCCACGCUUCCAGGAUUUCAGUCUUUGCAACACGACGACACUAGAUUUGGUGCUUCCUCACGCGGAUCUAAAGAUAUUCCCCAUACCACAUCAGCAGACAUGGCCAGUUCCUUAAGUUACCUCCCUCCUCCCCAUUACGGCAACAUGGCAUUCCAGGAUCCUUCUUUCGAUAACAGCUACCAACAAGCCGAUUCUCACUCCCACAUUCACCCGUCGAGCAACUUCGGCUUCAUUUUUGGUACCUCCGCUCCAUCACAGCACAGCAUCUAUGCGUCAGGUCCUCUACACAUGGAGCCCGCAUAUUCAGCAGCCCCUCUGGAGCCAUCUCUGAACCACGUAUCCGAACCCGCAAUGAACCACCUCAACAGGGCUGUUAGCCCUUUCCACCAAUCGAACUACGACAGUCUUGAAUACCCUCUGGGAUCUACCACAAGCAGAAUGCCCGUCAACAGAAGCAUAUCACACAGCCCACUCUCUCAGAACAUGGACCCAUUGACUCCUCCACUCACGGCUGGAUUGGAUUCGGUGCCACCGCAAAUGGCUGGAAGCCCUGGAGCGCAAGCUGGCAUGGACCGUAUUCGAUCACCGAGCAUAUAUGACGCGCAGUCGUACUCUUCGUCGUAUGCAGCACCGGCUGUACAGGCACCCCUUUUCCCAAACCCACAAAGCUACAGCUAUCCUCCCCCUCAGUCAAUCAGCGCACACCAGCAAGUGCCCCGUAACAGUACCGACUCCCAGGUCAGGGUGGUAAACCAGAAUCAGAAACCGAAACCACAAUGCUGGGAGCAUGGAUGCAACGGCCGCGAGUUCUCUACAUUCAGCAACCUUUUGCGACACCAACGAGAAAAGUCAGGAACGGCCGCUAAAUCAUACUGCCCCAAGUGUGGUGCGGAAUUCACCCGAACGACAGCGAGAAACGGUCACUUGGCCCAUGAGAAGUGCUCAAAGCAACGCAGAACGUCAGAGGCCAAGUAGCGCAGGCGCUAUUUGAUGAUCCAAACGGCAAAACAACCAUCGGAGGAGCCGAUAUGCUUGAACAUCCUCUGAACGACCAAUAUGAUACCCUUCUUUGCCAAUCUAUUAUCCAAGAAAUUCUCC